CUCCGCAGCAGUUCUUUAUCCCCCACCCCCCUCACUGUUUCGGGAUGGUGUGGUCCAGGAAGCGCGCCUCCUCGCGCUCUCCUCCUGCUCUCCUCUCCGGCUCCGGUGGAUCAGCUGACGAAUGGUAUCUCCCUGCUCUCGCGGAUGGAUCGCGCCGCUGAAGCCGGGCAGCCUGAGCGCUGACACAGGAGCAGGUUGCCCACCGCCCGCUCUCCUGCUGCUGGAUGUCUCCCCGACCGACCCUCAAGUAAACACCUCAUCGCUGCACACACAACAACAGAGAUUACUUUGUUUUAUUCCCCCCUCGGGCAGGAAGCUACCCGCUUCCCCUCACCAUGGCUUCCAACUUCAACGACAUAGUCAAACAGGGAUACGUGAGGAUACGGAGUAAGAAGCUGGGGAUCUUCCGGAGGUGUUGGCUGGUGUUCAAGAAGGCCUCCAGUAAAGGACCGCGGCGGUUAGAGAAGUACCCGGACGAGAAGGCCGCCUACUUCAGGAGCUUCCACAAGAUCACUGAGCUCCAUAACGUCAAGAACAUUACCCGGAUGCCACGGGAGACAAAAAAGCACGCUGUGGCGAUCAUCUUCUGUGACGACACAUCCAAGAUGUUCGCCUGUGAAUCAGAGCUGGAUGCGGAGGAAUGGUGUAAGCUGCUGUGCGUGGAGUGCCUGGGCAGCCGUCUCAACGACAUCAGCCUGGGAGAGCCAGACCUGUUAGCAGCGGGGGUGCAGCGGGAGCAGAACGAACGUUUCAACGUGUACCUCAUGCCCACCCCAAACUUGGACAUCUACGGGGAGUGCACCAUGCAGAUCACCCAUGAAAACAUCUACCUGUGGGACAUCCACAACGCUCGCCUCAAGCUCGUCAUGUGGCCCCUCAGCUCCCUGCGCAGAUACGGACGAGACUCCACCUGGUUCACUUUUGAGUCUGGAAGGAUGUGUGACACAGGAGAGGGUUUGUUCACGUUCCAGACGCGGGAGGGGGAAAUGAUCUACCAGCGGGUCCACUCGGCCACGCUGGCCAUUGCCCAGCAGCAUGAGAGGAUGAUGGAGGAGAUGGAGAAGAGCUCCCAGAUCCACCCCAGAGAGACGCUCACCAAGUCCAUCUCCCUGCCACGCAGCGCCUACUGGCAGCACAUCACGCGGCAGAACAGCGUGGGAGAUCUCUACAGUUACCAAGGAAGCGGCCUGACAAUGACUUUUAUCCCUCGAGCACAGACGUUCCCCAGCUUUCUGUCUGAAGAGCAGGAGGAGAACCAGCAGCAGGAAGAGGCGCCAUCGCCCUCUAGUGGCCGGGAAUCCAGUUGCAGCCUGAGACCCCUUCAAUGACAGAGAAUUGCUCCACCAAAACUGGACACUUUACCCACCACUGUAGAGAGGAUGUAGGAAUAUGUAUAGUGACAUGUGUAAUAUAUAAUUUCCUGGUGAAACAAUAGUGUCAACUGUAGAGCAAGUGGCACUGAAAAGGAUCCUGAAGAGCACCUAGCUUCAAAGAUUGCACCAAAAAUCCUGUCGUUUUUUUAAGUGUUUUAUGUUGUCGUUGUGCUGCUGAAGCCAGCAGGCCCCCCUGUGUUGAAUCACCGCAUCACACCUCACAGGAAGUCACACAGACCGCCUGUAAAACAAGGUUAAAAAAAGACUCUGACAAUGUGCUGCCUCUGCAACCGUGCAAAGAGAAACUCCACCGUUUCUGACACAUAAUCCCAAACUUACUCUGCUCCCCCCUCCAGAAUGUGAUCAAUGCCUUACACAAAAACAUCUUGACUUGUUGGUGGCAGUGAUGAAUCAGCUGAGGCCCUUAAUCGGUUGCAACCAGCGAAGGGAAAAAGUCAUUCAGAAAUGCAAUUCAACGAUAAAGGAGUGGAGGCGCUUCUAAAAUGCUAGAACUUCCUCAUAGUACUUUAAACUGCCAGCGCUACUUUACACGAGCAGAGACAUUACAUCGUGAUCGCUGUUCCGGCCUCAUGCACAGCGUCUGAUAACUGGUGCAUCGUGGGACGCAGAUGUGGAGUGCGGUGACAAAACCUCAUGGUCAUUUUUGACUUGCUGGUGUGUUAUGUUCAUACAUUACAAGAAAAAUAAUAUUAGCAUCAAUGUUUCUCUCAGUAAAAAACACAAAAACAGGCAAAAGUCAUUAAAGGAAUAGUUUAUAAUAAUUUCUUGUCGAACGUUAGAAGAGAAGAUCGGCCGCUCUAAUGUUUGUACGUUGAAUAUAAAGCUACAGCUGGUUAGCUUAGCUUAGCAUAAAGACUGGACCAGACUGGCUCUGCCUACUUGUACCUGUGAAACCACAACGUAUGUUUUACAGUUUGAUUUUGAAACUAAAGAGAUAUAAUGUGUAAUUCAGUGUUUCCAGUCUUUGUUGAUUGUAGCUUUACUUUCAAACAUGAGAGGAAUCAAUCUUCUCAUCUAACUCAAAAACAAAAUUGUCCAAAGAUUGAGUUCCCCCUCCAUUAGCAACAGCAUAGAAACUAGAAGCACUGGAUUAUUUUCAGUGAGUCCUUCCUGGAGCUCUCUGCGUCGUCCUCCUCCUCGAGUAGAAGUGCCUUCCGACACAGACGGCAGAGUGAGACCGAACCGGAGCGUCGUCUCUGGGCUUUAAGUUUACCGAAGGUGCCGAGUUCAGCUCCGUACCUUCAACACAUUUAUUAAAAGUCUUACGUUUCUCUGCAGCUGUGAAACAAACAUGUCACACCUGAAACACCUAGCAAACCAGAGCGCACACGUUCAUCCCGUUUUAUGUUUGUGGUGAAAGUGGUUGUGCUUUUUGUUCCAUGUUCAGUUCAAGAAAGGAUUAAAUAUUAUUCAAUGACAAUCAGUUUGAGGCAGCACAGCAGCUCUUUAAUCACUUAUUUUAAUGUAAAUCAUUCUGUGUUGAAGUUUUGCAGUCAGUCACUUUAUUUUGUAUAUUGCAUUUAAAAGAACUUCAUAUUAAGUUGUGCCUCAAACAAAAAGGCUCAUCCAUCGUCUGCAUCACAGAGUCCGUAGUCAGUGUGUAGACGGACCGUUCUGCCCUAGUUGUCCUGAGUCUUAGCUCGAGUGUAGGUUAAUAAGUGUAUGUAUAAUAGUGCCACUACAUCUGGAGCAUGAGAGCAGAAGUAACGGAGAAAGUUCUAGUUGACUGUGUUUGUCAUUUGCAAAGUUUAGUUUGUUGUUCUGUUGUUUGUAGGUGCGACGAGGUUUCUGUCACUACAGUAAAAGAUUGUGUUUGUGUUCCUCACGUUUUGUCUUCUGUCAGAUUAUAUGUUAUAGCACUUUGAAUACAUCGAGUGUAGGACUACAGUUUUCACUAAAUGUACAUAUGUAAUGUUUUUGAUGAUAAAUAAAUUGAAUGUUCUAUCAUGUA